UUUUAGUUCAUUAACUAAUGGCGUGUCUUCCGGUACCACACGUAAUAACGUCAAAAUGGCAAAGAAAAAGGGCGAUGAAAAAGUGAAUCAAACACCUCAAAGUGAUAAUGAAGAACAGAAUUUUGACGAGGAACCUGACUUUGAUGAUCCGGAAGGAUUUGUUGACGACAUACCCGAUGAAGAAUUGCUUGCGGACCUUCUAGAGAAGAAGCCCAAGGAAUCUGAUGGGUAUGAAAAUGUGGUCGUCGUGGAUGGGUGCCCGCAGGUCGGGCCGGAGCGCCUGGAGAAGUUACAAAGCGUUAUAAAUAAGAUCUUUGGCAAGUUCGGGAAGAUCGUCAGUGAUUAUUACCCGACUAGCGAGAAUGGCAUGACAACUGGUUAUAUUUUCCUGGAGUAUGAUAACGCACAGAAUGCCGCAGAGGCAGUCAAAGCCACUAACAAUUGUAAACUCGAUAAGCAGCAUACAUUUUUAGUGAAUCUAUUUACUGAUUUUAAGAAAUAUUCCGAAAUCCCUAAAGAAUGGGAACCACCGGCACCUCAACCAUUCAAGGUACAAUCAGACCUGCAAUGGUACCUGAUGGACCCAGAUGCCUAUGACCAGUUCCUGGUGGGAAUCGGUACUGGGGUUGCCUUACAAGUGUGGCAAAAUGCUUUGCCUGAACCUGUGUUGUUACAAGAGAGACCUAACUGGACUGAAACUUAUGCUGUUUGGUCACCUCUUGGUACAUACCUGGCUACUUUCCACUGGAGGGGUGUGGCUCUAUGGGCUGGACCCAAGUUCUCUCAGUUCCAGAAGUUCUUCCAUCCGGAGGCGAGGUUUAUAUCUUUCUCACCAUGUGAGAAUUAUAUUGUCACCUUCUCACCAAGCAGUGAUAGAGGAGAUGAUAAGAAACUCAUUAUUUGGGAUAUUAGAACUGGUCAAGAAAAACGUAGUUUCCCACCUCCGGAUGAGUAUGUGACAUGGCCAAUCUUCCGCUGGAGUAAAGACGACAAGUUCUUUGCCCGUCUGGGUGCUGAUGUACUGUCAGUAUAUGAAACUCCUGGCUUCGGUCUUUUGGAUAAAAAAUCUAUAAAGAUUCCUGGUAUUAGGGACUUUAGCUGGUCUCCAACAGAUAAUGUUCUAGCAUACUGGGUAGCAGAAGACAAGGAUGUACCAGCGAGAGUAACAUUAUUAGAAUUGCCCAAUCGUAAUGAAAUCCGAUCGAAGAACUUGUUCUCUGUUGCCGACUGCAAGAUUCACUGGCAGAAGAGCGGAGACUACUUGUGUGUGAAAGUAGACCGUUAUUCUAAAGUGAAGAAAGAUAAAAAUGAUAUUAAAUACUCUGGAAUGUAUUAUAACUUUGAAAUAUUCCAUAUGAGAGAGAAGGAAAUACCCGUUGACUCGGUGGAAAUUAAAGAACCUAUACAAGCAUUCGCUUGGGAACCUGUUGGUUCUAAGUUUGCGAUUAUUCAUGGUGAUCCAGCAAAUAUAUGUAUAAGUUUCUAUCAAGUUAAUACUGGACAAGCACCGACUUUGUUGAAGAAGUUUGAGAAUAAACCAUUUAAUCAUUUGUUCUGGUCACCAUUGGGACAGUUUAUUGUGUUAGCCAACUUUGGACUGACGGGUGGUGCUUUGGAGUUCUUGGACACAAAUGACUUUACUAUUAUGAAUGUGUCUGACCAUUAUCAGAUGUCUGGUAUUGAAUGGGACCCGACAGGACGGUAUGUGGUGACAGGUGUAUCCUCUCUCAAGUGUAAGAUGGAUUGUGGAUACUACAUUAGAUCCUUCCAGGGCAAAGUUAUUAAGAGAGUAAUGAAGGAAGGUUUUGCCCAGUUCCAUUGGCGACCUCGACCCCCAACUCUGCUCUCUGAGAAGCAACAGAAGGAGAUCAAGAAGAACCUCAAGAAGUAUUACUCUCAGUUUGAAUCUAAAGAUCGUAUGCGUAGCAACAAGGCUAGCAAGGAAUUGGUGGCGAAGCGUACGGAGCAGAUGAAGAAAUACGUGGAAUACCGCGAAGCGAAGACCCAGGAAUGGGCCGACCAGCGCCCGCGCAGGCUCGAGUUGCGCGACUACGUAGAUACGGAUGGGUUGGAUACAGACCAAGCGAACACGGUGGAGGAAGUCGUCGAAUUCUUUGUGAAAGAGGAACAAACUGUCAUUGAGUAGUCGCCAUACGAGCCCCCCACUGAGGUCAGGGUGUCCACUCUGACCUCCCGUACAGAGCGUUAUUAAUAAAGAGAAAACAUUAUAUAAACAGUUUUUUUGUACCUACACCCUGUAUUUUUAUAUUCAGUCACAAAUAUUUUGUAUAAUUCCUAAUAUGUUCAAUGUAAUAUUUGGGUUUUUAAAUUUUACAAUAGGUGGUAAUGUUUAUAGUCAUAUUAAAUUGAUAUGUUUCAAAUGGAAAA